GUCACAGUACCUUUUACCACUUGGAAUCGUGAUCAUCCUCUCUGAGUUGUGCAGUUUGAGUGUUAACCUCAGUCUCCCUCCACGAGAAGAUGCAGGCCUUUGCCGUCGCUGCCCUCUCCAUCUGGCUGUGUCUGGGUGCCACCACCCUGGCAGAGUCCCACGGCCCACAACACUGCAGUAAGGAUUAUCUGCUUUAUAUCUACUUGUAGAAGUUAAUGUUUGCUGUGCACUAUGUGGAAAACUGCUGUGACUUGUAUGACUAUUUUGGUAAUAUUGUCAAGGAUAAACCAACAGUCUCUUCUAAAUUAAAUUAUACCUAUAUAUUUGAAAAUCUGUCUAACUGCCGUCUUUGUCUUUAAGCAUCACCUAAUAUGACUGGGGUCCUGACUGUGGUGAGUAGCCCUCUUGUCCAUUCAACCUUAUCAAUAUCCAGUGUCAUGUAAGAACACUGUGUGGCCAUAUUGCAUUAUUUCUAUACCAAACCAGAUUCUCAGUUCAGGCAACCCUGAAUGUUUUCCCUGAAUGCAACCCUGAAUGUUUUCUCCUAAACACAACCCAAUUGGCAGUUGGCUUAGAUUUAGCAGGUAUAGAAUUGGGUCAUAUUAGUCUUUCUAUAUAUCUUCAUCUCUCUCUCUAUCUAUUUUCUCUCUUGAUAAAACAGAUGGCCCUUACAGGAGGUGAAAUCAAGGCAACUGGACAUUACAGCUACGACUCUACGGACAAGAAGAUACGUUUCACUGAAAGUGAGAUGCACCUCAACAAGACUGAGCAUCUGGAGGACUACCUGAUGCUGUUUGAAGAGGUAACACUGACAACUGACAGAAACAUACAAGGCAAGAUUUCAGUUGAGUCCAACCCAAUUGUAAUUCAGAAUAGCUGCUUUAUAACAUCACAUGUCCUACAUAACAGUUGCAUAACCCACUUGUUACUGUGGUUAUGACACAGCAUCAUCAUAACCGAGGAUUCCUCCUUCUCUACCGUCUCUCUCAGGGGGUCUUCUAUGACAUUGACAUGAAGAACCAGUCCUGUAAGAAGAUGCCUCUGCACUCUCAUGCUCACGCUCUUGAACUCCCCACUGGUGCAGCCCAUCGGGUUGAGCUGUUUUUGGGGAGUGACACUGUUCAGGAGGAGAACAUCAAAGUGAACAUAUGGAUGGGAUCCGUGCCAGAGACUAAGGGUGAGUAUGAUACGCAUUAGGAAUCAACCUGUCAAUGUGAUUUUUAUUAAUGAAGUAUAAUGGUGUAUACAUUGGUUUAUAUAGUGAAGCUAUUAGAAUGUAUCAAAUCAAAGCAUCUGUCUGUCUGUCUCAUCUCCAGGCCAGUAUUUUUUGUCUACUACUGUGGGAGAAUGUCUACCACUCAGCACUUUCUACUCAACUGACUCCAUGACGCUCCUCUUCAGGUGAGUGACAUACUUUUAAUUUGUUUAAUGCAGCUGUAGGGUCACUGAAACCUUCUUGUGCAAUGAAUAAUAGCUGCUACCAUCUGCCUAUAUUUUGCUAUAUCAUAGUACUAGAUUAGUACUUGAGGAAUUAUGGAGAUUUUGUUCUGUAUAUCAGACUCUGAUUGUGCUUACAGUAUACGUAUGUUCGUGUGUCACGAGCAGGAUCUGAACCUUGGUCUCCCACAGGAUAAACCAAUGUCUUGACUGUUAGACCUAGAGGAAAUGUCCAAUUGGGCCGAAGAUGACACUGAUUUUGAAGUUGCAGGCAGGGCUACUAUAUCACGAGACAAUGAGCCCGACUCAUGUCCGCUACACUUGCAUGUUAUUUCUCUCUUCUUCUCACAGCAAUUCCGAAGUGGUCACUGAGGUGAAAGACCCUGAAGUGCUCAAUCUGCCAUCUUUCUGUGAGGGUGUGGAGCUGGAGGAGGCUCCUGAGGGCCAGAAGAAUGACUUCUUUAGUCUGUUCAACAGUGUCUAAGACAGUGGCACCAGGACCUCCAGCCCCAACCAACCAAGAGUGUGGCCAGCUAAUCCACCUAGAUGUUUCUCUCCCUCUCAUGACUACAUUUGAGUGUUUCAUUGCAAUCUCUUCUCUUCUGUUAGACAAGAUAUAUAUCAUAAUAUACUUUCUUUGUUGAUUCCUCGUUGAAGACAUUGCAUAAAGAUUAAUCAGAUGAAAAAAGGAAAGUUAAUGUCAAGUUGUCAUGUUAAUGUAAUCUCUAUGUUUGAAGAGGAUAUAAGGGGAUAUAACGUUUGUAAUUUACACUAUUAAUCUGUCACUUAAAGUUGCUAAUGCGUAGGAGGUCUGCAUAGGCAAAUUAGAUAAUAAAAACUCAACAUCUUUUCGAGUCUCCAAAUGUAUUUAUUUUAUUACCCAAGUCUUCCUCAAAGUCCUCCUCAAACACACAUAAGACUAGAUAAGGCCAUUUCCUCAAGAAAAUGUGUGUGCUUGAUAGUUUAUUAAGGUUUGAGAGAAUUUUAAGUGAGGACUGUUUGAACGUUUCAAAAGUUUGCAGCUUAAAUGGCCAAGGAGCCGGACCAUUUUCUAUAGCUACCGCUGUAUUCCUAUGGUUCUCAUUCAAACCCAUGUUAAUUUAUGCAAAU